UAGGCUGGUGGAAUAGAAUACAUUUUAUACUCCAUUAUACUGAGCUCAUUCGGGACAUGGUCUAACCCCCAACCACAUAUCGGAUCAUAUAGGAUCGGUUUGUCUUUGCGUCUUUCGUUUGGGUGUUUUUGGUGCUUGAUUUCUGGCACGAUGACUCAUUUACAGGCGGGCCUGUCCGCCGAGACCCUGGAGAAGGCCAAAGCUGAGCUGAAGGAGAACCCCGACACCCUGCACCAGGACAUUCAGGAGGUACGGGACAUGAUCAUAACGCGGCCCGACAUUGGCUUUUUGCGCACCGACGACGCCUUCAUUCUGCGCUUUCUGCGCGCCCGCAAGUUCAACCACUUCGAGGCGUUUCGCCUCCUCGCCCAGUACUUUGAGUACCGCCAACAGAACCUGGAUAUGUUUAAGAACCUGAAAGCCACCGAGCCGGGCAUCAAACAGGCCCUCAAGGACGGAUUCCCCGGGGUGCUCUCCAACCUGGACAGACAUGGAAGGAAGAUUCUGGUUCUCUUCGCCGCCAACUGGGACCAGAGCAGGUACACGUUUGUGGAUAUACUGCGAGCCAUUCUGUUGUCACUGGAAGCUAUGAUUGAAGAUCCGGAGCUGCAAGUGAAUGGAUUUGUGUUGAUCAUCGACUGGAGUAACUUCACAUUUAAACAAGCAUCGAAGCUCACUCCGAGCAUGCUGAGACUGGCCAUCGAGGGCUUACAGGACAGCUUUCCAGCCAGAUUCGGUGGCAUCCAUUUUGUCAACCAGCCGUGGUACAUCCAUGCCCUGUACACAGUCAUUCGUCCCUUCCUGAAGGACAAAACAAGAAAACGGAUCUUUAUGCACGGGAACAAUCUGAACAGUCUACACCAGCUGAUCGUGCCAGAGAUUCUGCCCUCUGAGCUGGGUGGCAUGAUGCCCCCCUAUGACAUGGGCACAUGGGCCAGGACUCUGCUCGACCACGCCUACGAUGAGGAGACAGACUACUGCCCCGAGUCCUACACCCUGUCUGUUAAAGACCUGGAGAAAGAUCUCUCCCCAAAAAGCAUGAAGAGGUCCCAGUCGGUGGUGGAGCCUGGAGUGCUUAAACGGCCAGAAAAAAUCAAAAGUGAAGAGGAGAACAUGCAGCCACUGCUUUCUCUGGACUAAAGGCUUUUAAUCCCCUGGGCCAUGAGCAAACAUCAAGGCCUGCAUUGAACGCUGGGGUGGGAAGCGCCCAGUUCCCUCGACCGGAGUAUAAAAAUAUGUACAAAGAGUUGAAAGCAAGACGGAGAUGUGAGAUGAGCCGAGACUUUGAAAAUACUGACAAGAGACAGCAAAAAGCUAAUGGACCACAUUCGUAUGUAAUUGUUAAGUGCCAAUUUAAAUCUGUACAUACACUUCAGCGUAG